CACAGGCUAUCUGAUGUCCACAGGCAAUGUAGUAGCCUUGUUUCAUUGCACAAGAGCAAGAUACCAUCCAAGAGCAGAUCUCUAGAGGAUACACAGGUGCAGGGGCGGACUGACAACUCAUGGGGCCCCCGGGCAAUAGGGGAUCAUGGGGCCCCUGUGUCCUCGCCCAAAACCCAAAAAAGCCUAUGAAAAAGCCAAUGAAAGGUACCAGGGGCAGCUCAUGGGGCCCCCUACUGAGCCCGGGCCCUCGGGCAGUGCCAGAGUGCUCAAAUGGUCAGUCCGCCCCUGC